AUGAAGGAUGACGAGAACGCGACGGUCAAGAUGCAGAAAAUAAAGCUGGAGGACGGAAUCAACGGCGCCGCCGCCGCACACCAUCCCGACUCGACGACGGGCGCUGUGACGGACGCGACCAAGGCCAUCAAGCUCGAUGGCUCUCCUUCGCCGUCCACCGAAGGGGGCAAGUCGCGCAGCGAUGGCAACGGAACCCCCAACUCGUCGCGCCCACGACUAUCGCGCAAGUCGUCCCAGAAGCCCACGCCCACCCGAGAACCGCCUCUGUUCGACAGCCUUCCCAACAUGACCCCGGAGGCCUGCAAAUCUUUCCAAGUCAUCCCCGAUUGUCUCUAUGGCUCCAAGCACCUGGGUUCUACCGAGAACGACGCGUUUGACUGCGACUGUCGAGAGGAGUGGCAGGAUGGCGUCAAUAUGGCGUGCGGCGAAGACUCGGACUGCAUCAACCGCGCGACGAAAAUGGAAUGCAGCGAGACGGCCGGCAACUGCGGUGGCGGUUGCCAGAACCAACGCUUCCAACGAAAACAAUAUGCCGACGUGUCCGUCAUCAAAACGGACAAGAAGGGAUAUGGCCUUCGUACUGACGCGAAUCUGGGCGCUAACGACUUCAUUUUCGAGUACAUUGGUGAGGUCAUCAACGAGGCCACCUUUCGACGGCGUAUGAUCCUGUACGACCAACAGGGCAUCAAGCACUUCUACUUCAUGUCCCUCAACAAGAACGAGUUUGUCGAUGCGACGCGAAAGGGCAACCUCGGCCGCUUUUGCAACCACUCCUGCGUUCCCAAUUGCUACGUGGACAAAUGGGUGGUCGGCGACAAGCUGCGCAUGGGCAUCUUUGCGAUGCGUUCAAUCCGUGCUGGUGAAGAGCUCGUAUUCAACUAUAAUGUUGAUCGGUACGGUGCCGACCCUCAGCCAUGUUACUGUGGCGAGCCCACCUGCGUCGGCUUCAUCGGCGGCAAAACCCAGACGGAGCGUGCAACCAAGCUGCCGCCUGCUACCAUUGAGGCGUUGGGCAUCGAUCUUGGUGACGGCUGGGACACGACUGUUGCCAAGAAGCCGCGCAAGAAGCGUGCCGAUGAGGAAGACGAGGACUACGUCAAUAGCCUUCACGCGCGUCCUCUCGACGAGGAAGACUCCCGCAAGGUCAUGGCUACACUCAUGCAGUGUAAGGAGAAGUGGAUCGCAGUCAAACUUCUUGAUCGUAUUCAGCAGAGCGAGGAUGAGCGUGUGAUUCACAGUGUCAUGCGCAUGCACGCCUAUCAAAUAUUCAAGACGACACUGCAUACAUUUAGUGACGACCACAACGUCGUCCUACAGGUCCUUUCCAUCCUUGACAGCUUCCCCCGCCUGACAAGGAACAAGAUUCAAGACUCCAAUAUUGAAGCUACGGUUGAAGAGCUCGCGCAAUCAGAGCACGAAGAUGUUGCAACAAAGUCGAGAAAGCUCCUGGAUGACUGGAGUAAAUUGGAAAUGGCAUAUCGCAUUCGCAGGCGCAAGUUCGAGCCUGGUAUGCAGACCCAAAGUAUAUACGAGGACCGCAGAGGCCCGGCGAGAGAGGGAGAUGCGGCGGCGACGGCGGCCGCGCAAACCCCACAGAGCAAACCCGCAUCGCAGCCUAUCAAUGCCCCCAAGGGACCUCGCAGCAGUAUACCACAACGAAACAACAAUUUCCAUGCCGGAAACGCCCCGCGCCAACGGCAGCGCUUUGGCAACAAUGGACCGCUGCCGCAAGGCUGGUUCUCCGCCAAGGACGCCAAAGGCAACAUGUAUUAUUAUAAUAAACAGGGCACAACGACAUGGCAGCGUCCGACGCUGCCCGCCGACCAGACUCCCAAGGUGCCGUCAAAGGCUCAGCAGGAGCAGCAGAUGAUUCAAAACAUCAUCGCGAGAGUGACAAAAGAAGGCACACCAAAAUCUACACCAUCGCAACCGUCAAGAUCGCAGUCCUCAGAGACACCCAGCACGGAUUCCCGAUCGGAUAAGUGGCGCGCAUUACCUCAGGACAAGCAAAUGAAGAUUUAUGAAAACACUGUUUUCCCUCAUAUCAAAUACGUUCUGGACAAAUUCCGCCAUAAACUGCCAAAAGAUGACUUGAAGCGUUUGGGCAAAGAUCUCUCCAAGAAGUUUGUAGCUUCAGACUACAAGAACAACCGCGUGGCGGAUCCGACCGCAAAACUCAAUGAGAAACAAGCCCGCAAGGUCAAGACGUACUCCAAGGACUUUCUAGACCGGGCCGUUCACAAAUUCGAGGCGCAAAAGAAGGAGCAGGGCGAUGCCAGCGGCUCUACGGAAAAUGCCGCGACAGAGCUGUCCGGCGCUGCCGGCGACAACCAGGGCAACGACGCCGAGCUGAGCGACGUGAAUAUGGACGACUCGCCAGCCAGUCGCAAGCGCAAGCAUGACGACGUCACCGAAGGCGAUGCCGACACUGACCUGCCAGACGCGACGACGCCCACCACCGACGGCCCCGAGAUGAAGCGUCUCCGGGAAGACGAGGGUGGUGCUGCCGCGACGCCCAGCCCGCCGCCGCCGCCGCCGCCUCCGCCGCAAGACGCAGAGCCCACGGAGGAGCAAAGGGCGCUGCAGGAGCAGGAGAGGGCCUUGGAGCGCGAGAACGAAGAGGCCCAGCGGCUGGAGGACGAGGCGCAGAGGACGACGAAUGGAGAGCCAGAACGGAACCGAAAACAGGAGGUUCUCAGCCACUAA